ACAUGUAUCUCUUGUUUUCUUACUCUCCAUUAGGAAACGUUAUUCUCUUCGGAAGCUUUGUUUGUUUGUUUUGCAGAAUAGGUUUUUGAGUGUUAAUAGGUCUCUCUUUCUGAAUUCUGCGGUAGUCGCAUACGUGCCUUGUUGAUGCAAACUCUCUACUUUUGCCUCUGUCUCUACUUUCCUCAUUCAUAUUGUAACUGUUAUAUCUUAAACCUAGGUUUUCGACGUAUUUUCACCGGUUUCCUAACCACGUUGUUGCACUUGCAUAUCCAUCAAGAAAAAUGAAUAAAUAAACUUCAAAAACAAAAUCUACUUGAGUAUGAAAAGAGAAAUUUUGCCUGAAGUACCAACAUCCAGAACAAAAAUCAGAUACCCACUCUACAAAGCACUUGAUGAAAAAAAUGCAGAAAACUAACUAUUAUUCAUACUGUAACCCCCCAGCUUAAGAGAAAUAGUAGAGGCGUAAUAUACAUACUUCUUAUUUUCCUAUAAAAGAACCUACCGCACAUACAAACUUAAAAUUACCUCUAUUGAAGAGUUUGUGUGAAGCAUGUUUACUUUACUUGAAUAUUUGAAUAUACGGUAAUUAAGCUUUGGUUGAAUAGUUCUUGCAAUUGAUUUUGGUAUAUUGUUUAUACAUAAACAAAUUAUAUCAGUAUAUUGUUCUCCACUUAGCAUAAGAAUGAAAAAAUUGUUUGUAUUCUUCUAUUAGAAAACUAAUGCUUCUUACAAAGCAAACGCCAGAAACUACAAGUUAGUGAAGCCUAGAGGGCAUAUGAAAAUCGUAGUUAGAAUACCUGAGUAUAUACUUGAAUAUUCAUCUGUUUGUGUUAGUCAGACUGGUUUAGCUGUACAACCUAAAUAUUUUUGUUUGAUAUUCUAGAAGUACAAUAAUUAAUGUAAAACCUUGGCUUAUGAGUUAAUUGCUGGCUUUGUAAAUAGACCAAAUUAGGAUCUAUUUGAAUAGUGGUGUGAGAACAAGGAUUUGUGACUUCAGGUUAUAUUUUCUUAAUCUCAGUAAUACAUUGACUACAUUUGCUCCCUGCUUUAGAUUGCCUUACAGCAAGGGUUCAUCUUAUAUUAUCAUUCAUAAAGCAUUAUGACUGUUAUUGGCAGAAGAAAAGGCUAUUUGAUUUGUGCUUUUCCCAGUUAUCUGGCCCCCUUUCGUUAUUGACUGCUUAAUGGGAUAAGCAACUGAACUGAACUCAACUAAGGGCCCUUUUGGAGGGCUGAAGCUUUGGUUGAGUUGCUUUCGUUGAAGUUCCAGCUUAUUGGAAAAAAUUCUGGUGUUUCUUUCUUCCCAGACAGUCCUCACUUUGUGUGCCACUCAAAAGUAGAUAGACUGAACAACAAACUAAUAUCAGAUGGCAGGUCCACCUAAUCUCAAACAACCCAAAAAUCCAAUCCCAUGGAGCUGCAACAAAGGAACAAGAGAUCAGUAAGUGAUACUUUUGAUCCUGAGUUGUGGUCAAUUCUUGAAUUUGCUAUUGACUUGCAUUAUAUGAGCUCGAAAAGAUCCUCUUUGGCCAAAGGUUCUCACUGUCCCAAGCAAAAUGAUGGCUCUGAAAGACAUAGUCCCAGCAGCACUGAAUGUUAUAAAUGCACAAUUUGUAUUGCUCGAUAAAGCAAAGAUAACAAUGGAAGGUCAACAAAAAACAUGCUUGGCACUAGUUGCAGAUGAGACUGCUGCUGUUCACUUUCAGCUAUGGGGGACAGAGUGUGAUGCCUUUGAGCCAGGUGAUAUAAUCCGUCUGACCAAUGGCAUUUUCUCUUACAAUCGGAACAAUCUUGUCUUGAGAGCUGGCAAGAGGGGGAAAGUAGUGAAGGUGGGGGAGUUCACUUUGGCAUUUGUUGAGACACCCAAUAUGAGUGAGAUCCGUUGGAGUCCUGACCCAAAUAAUUCUAAGAAAUUCAUACAGGAGUCUGUAAUUUCUCCAUACUCACGGAUUUUUCCACCAAUGCCUUAGAAUGGUCAAGAAAAACCUAUAGAUCAGAUGAGAUGGUUGGGUUCAGUUUUUCUUUUUCCUUUUUUGAAUUAAUAGAAACUCGUGUCAUCCCCAAGCUGACCCUAAAAAUUAAGAACGGAUUUUGUAACGUGGGACUGUGGACCAACAUAAAAAUUACUAUGGUUGGGUUGGACUCAAACUGGGUCAGCCUACUUGGGAAUAUCAUAUGAUUCCUUUUUUCAUUCAACAUCACAUCAAUCCUUCUGACAAAUUAUUUUUUAAAUGAUAUUGAUGUUCUUUUUCUUUUAUCCAUUUCCUUAGUGGGACCAUUACUUGAAUUAUGUAGAUCCAAUAAAUAAUGUCAAUAUGGUUGAGCAUGUUUA